GUAAUGGCUCGUCAUAAUCUGGUUCCCAUUCUAUCUUUUCUGCUACUAACCUUAGUAACCUUACAAGGAACUGAUGCACUUCAUUUCUUUAAAACAGAACCUGAAGCAGUUACAAGAAUCAAUUCGAUUCAUUAUGAAGUUACAAACAAUGCCACUGGAACACUUGGUGGAACCCGUUUCACCGACAAAAUCGGUAUCACAUACAGCAAAAGUAUUCUGCAAUUAGCCUCGGAGUUUAACUGUAGAGUCUUCCGACAAUCCAAGAAGUCCGAGAGCAAAAAUGUAGAGAGCAUUAAGAUGUAUGUGGAGACCAUGGAUGGCGUUGCAUAUACUAGCAACGAUGAAAUCCACGUGAGUGCUAAUUACACAGCCGAUUACUCAGGGGAUGUAAAAAGAGAGAUCACUGGGGUGCUUUACCAUGAGGUUACACACAUUUGGCAAUGGAACGGAAAUGGUAAUGCACCAGGAGGUUUGAUCGAAGGGAUUGCUGAUUAUGUUAGGUUGAAGGCUAAAUAUGCCCAAUCUCAUUGGGUUAAACCUGGUGGUGGUGAUAGAUGGGACCAAGGUUACGACGUGACCGCAAGAUUUUUGGAUUAUUGUAACAGUAUUAGAAAUGGGUUUGUUGUAGAUCUUAACACAAAGAUGAAGAAUGGCUACAGUGAUAACUUCUUUGUCGAGUUGUUGGGAAAGAAUGUUGAUCAAUUGUGGAGGGAUUAUAAGACUAAGUAUGACAACUGA